AGAGCUAAAGGACACAUCACCAGCCCAGUUGCUGGUUGCCAAGCGGGACCCCGUUUGCCUCGAGGCGACCCUCAAGGACAACCGUUGCCAUCGUUUACCUGGGAAGACAUUGGGGCUUUUAACAUGUCCUUGAUUAUUAUUAUUAUUUUUUAAAUUUAAAUGUCAAGAGAAGCCGCUGUUUACUGGGAUCGCUUUGCAAAUUACAUUUUUUGAGGGUGCUUUCCCCCACCCCCACCGCGGGUAUUGACAGAAAAGUUCAGGCUUUUGCUCUGUUGGUACAUGCUGGUGGGACAUCCAUAAAGAGAUUAUCCAGGAAUGGUGGAUCACUUGCUUCCUGCGGAUGAAUCUUUCUUCUCCACGAGGCCCUCUUUUGGAUACUUUGGGGACAUGACAGCUGUCGGGCAGUCAUACCAAAUGCUGCCUUCCCCCUUGUCAGAAGACGACAGCGAUUCUUCAAGUUUUUGUUCUUGUUCCAGUCCUGAUUCCCAGAUUCUUGGUUCAAGCUAUGGGAGUUCGUCGAGUAUGGAGAGUCAGGACAGUAUCUUGGACUACCUGUUGUCCCAAGCAUCUUUGGGGAAUGGCCCCUCCUCUUGGUGGGACAAAAGGAGACUUCAGCCCAUCGUGAAGGAGGAGCAUUUUAGGAUGCCAGAAUUCAUGGUGGAGAUGGAAGAUUCUGGACCAUUUCAGCCCACCCUUGAGGAGAUUGAGGAAUUUCUAGAAGAGAACAUGGAGACAGACCUCAAGGAAGGGCCUAAAAGUGAGACCAAAGACUUAAGAGCAUGUAGCCAGAUUAGCAUGGCUUCCAUACAGCAAAAAGAUCACAUGGUGCCAAGUAAUAGUUUAAAAGAUAGUAAAAGUGAACAGUCCAGUAGCGCAAUGGAAAGUAGCCAUGCAUCAAAUGGAGCAGUGUCCCUUGAUGGAGGGAUUCCGGUCAUGCUCCAAAUCCAACCAGUACAAGUGAAACAAGCAACAAACACGAGCCCUAGUUCACAAGGACCAGUGCAAGAGAACAUUAAAAUUGCACAACUCUUAGUCAACAUCCAAGGGCAGACAUUUGCACUUGUGCCACAGAUUGUUCAAUCGUCCAACUUGAACUCAUCCUCCAAAUUUGUUCGCAUAGCCCCAGUUCCAAUUGCUGCAAAACCUAUCGGGCCAGGAGGUACAAUCCAGGGUCAAACUGGGGUAAUCAUGGGUCAAAAGUUUCAAAAGAACCCUGCAGCAGAACUUAUUAAAAUGCACAAAUGUACUUUCCCUGGAUGUACCAAGAUGUACACCAAAAGCAGCCAUUUGAAAGCCCACCUGAGAAGGCACACAGGAGAAAAACCUUUUGCAUGUACUUGGCCUGGUUGUGGAUGGAGGUUCUCCCGAUCAGAUGAGCUUUCUCGACACAGGCGGUCUCACUCUGGAGUGAAGCCUUAUCAGUGCCCCGUGUGUGAGAAGAAAUUUGCUCGAAGUGACCACUUGUCCAAGCACGUCAAAGUUCACCGGUUCCCUAGGAGCAACCGCUCCAUGCGUUCUGUUAACUGAUGCCUCCUGUCCUGUACCUUUUCACUCGUCCGUCCAAGAAGAGCCGCUGGCAGCACUUUGUUCUGUAUCUUUCUCGUGAUAAUUUAUUGGUCUCCAUGUAAUAGGCCACAUCAUCACUUCACAGAGCCCCACCUCCUUGCAUCAUGUUUUGCAUCGACACCGUUUUUGCCUUAUUGCUUCCCUUUUCGUCGCUGCUGCUGCUUCUUUUGAAAAUUACAGUGUUUUAUUUUUAGCUGUUUUCUCCUUCACCAUGAUAAUUUAUGGGCUACU